GGUUAAUGUAAAAAAAACAUUAAUUAAUGUUGGGGUUAAAGCUUACUAGCAAGCUCACACUGUAGUCUCGAGCUGCGUGGAGGUCAGUUUUCAUCAUUAGGAAUGGGAAACGAUCAUUUCCACUGACCCAUUUCUCAUCUUCCUUCAUCUUCACCGACCCAUUUCUCAUACACUAUUUCCAACAUUUUCCAUCCUUGUAUCCAUUGUUAGUCCAGUGGCUUAUGUUUUUCUCGCUCAUGCACUUAUUUUGGAGUUGAUCAUAAAAACACCACCUUUCAUGCACUUGUUCUGUUUUCUUGUAACAGUUGAUCAACUUUGCAUUCUUUGCACGCACUGACUGCCACUGUGAUUUUGGUAAGCAGAAAUGGGAGGGGCAUCUUCCUCUACCAAAAAUACAGAGUGGCGACCAAACAAUGACCUUGCUGAUACGGGAGAGGCUUCUUCCUCCACCGUGAAAAGGGAGUGGCAACAGAACAAUGACCUCACUGAUAUGGGAGGGGCUUCUUCCACAGUAAAUAUGGAGUGUUUACCAAACAAGGACCUCACUGAUAUGGGAGGGGCUUCUACCUCCACCACAAAAAGGGAUUGGCAACCAAACAAUGACCUCACUGAUAUGGGAGGGGCUUCUUCCUGUACCACAAAAAGGGAUUGGCAACCAAGCCAUGGCCUCACUGAUAUGGGAGGGGCUUCUUCCUCUACCACAAAAAGGGAUUGGCAACCAAGCCAUGGCCUCACUGAUAUGGGAGGGGCUUCUUCCACAGUAAAUAUGGAGUGUCAGCCAAAGAAUGACCUCACUGCUAUAGAGCUACAUGAUAUAGUCCUCUCGUGGUCAAUUCAUGACAUUUUUAAUGACAAUCUCUACAAAGAUCAGGUUCAGAAGAUUCCUGACGCAUUCCAUUCAAGGGACCAUUAUCUAUCCAGUUACGCAUUUCCGUUAUUGGAAGAAACCCGGGCAACUGUUGCUUCUUCCAUGGAAGCAAUAGACAAAGCGCCAUUUGCUGAAGUGGCCUCGUUUGAACUGGUUAAUGGACCUGGGAAGGUUAUUCAUUAUAAAGUCAAGGUUGACUUUUGGAAGACAAGAGUGAGUGAUGGAGAGGAGUACAGAACAUUGCCAGGUGACUUGGUAAUAAUCUCAGUUACUAAACUUGAGACGGUUUCAGAUUUGAACCGGGUCGGGUGGGAUUGGACUCUAGCUUCAGUAGUUAAUGUCACAGAUGGUGAUGGAUAUUUAUCCACAAAUUUUAAAGUGAAAAUGGCCAAGGAUUUUGACACCAGAAUUGGACGCCAUACAACAGUCCAUAUUGUUUUCUUGGUAAACUUCACAUCAAGUAAAAUGAUUUGGAAUGCUUUCAGAAUGAACCUGACUUCUACAAUAUCCGAGUCAAUACAGCAGACCAAGAACAUCAACAUUCUUGACGCCAUUUUGAAUAAAAAAACUGAGUCUGAUAAGAAGUGUUAUACCUGCUGUCCGCAUGGCGGCAAUGGAUCAGCAUCAACUGAGAAGAUAAAGGAUGACUUCCUGUCCAAGCUGAAUGAGUCACAAGCCAAUGCAGUAGUUACCUGUCUGGAAAGGGUGAAUUGUGAUCAUAUGUCUCACGUUGAUCUUAUAUGGGGCCCUCCUGGAACCGGGAAGACAACUACUAUUAGUGAGCUUCUGUUUCUGCUCUUGAAAAAAAAGUGCAGAACACUUAUUUGUGCACCUACAAAUGAGGCUAUAACACAAGUUGCCGCCAGGGUAAUAAAGCUUGUAAAGAAGUCUUACUUAGACAAAUCUUUAAAGCAGAACCUGUUUCCAUUGGGUGAUGUGCUGCUAUUUGGAGAUAACCCUAGAAUGAAGUUGGGGGAAGACAUUGAGGAGAUGUACCUAAACCAUCGAAUCGACAGGCUUCUUGAGUGUUUGGAGCCUUUGACAGGUUGGAGACACUGCAUUGAAUCUGCAAUAUGUUUUCUUCAGGUCGCUCUUCCAGAGUAUGAAAUGACGAAGGACAGUGCAAAACCGAUAUCCUUUGCUGCUUUUAAAUCGCGGUUUGAGCAAGUUGUUUCACAUCUCAGAAGAUGCAUGUUAAUAAUGUGUACUCAUAUGCCAACACAAUUCAUACAAGAAAACAAUUUCCGAGCUAUCACUUCUCUGAUGUGCCACCUAGAUGCUCUUUCAGAAACUUUAUUUGUGAAGAGUGUGAUGUCUGAAGAGCUGAAGGAUAUCGUUUAUGAACAAGAGAAUUCUGAAGUUUUAUCUGAGUCAUAUGUAGAUACGUCUUCCUUGGUUUGCUUAAAAAACCAGUGCCUCUCCCUUCUGAAAACCCUUCUGCAUUCUCUACUUCAUCUUCCCAGUUCCUUGAGUAGAGCAGAAAUGACGGAGUUCUGUUUAGAGUUACCAUCCUUAGUUUUCUGCACCUCAUCAAGCUCCUUCAAGAUGGACCUAGUCAAGAUGAGACCAUUCAAUUUAUUGGUCAUUGAUGAAGCUUCUCAGUUGACAGAAUGUGAAUCUAUUCUACUACUUCAACUCCCAGGGCUAAAGCAUGCAAUUCUCGUGGGUGAUGAAUGCCAAUUACCUGCUAUUGUUCAUAGCAAAGUGUCCGAUGAAGCUGGUUUUGGAAAAAGCUUGUUUGAAAGGCUAAGUUCCUCGGGUCAUUCAAAGCUCAUGCUUGAUGUUCAGUACAGAAUGCAUCCUGCAAUAAGCUGCUUCCCAAAUUUUAGCUUCUAUAAUAAUCAAAUCAAGGAUGCACCUAAUGUGAGAAGCACAACCUAUGAGAGACAAUAUCUUCAAGGAAGGAUGUUUGGUCCAUAUUCUUUUAUAAGUGUCCCCAGUGGAAAAGAAGAAUUGGAAGAUUUUGGGCAUAGCAGAAGGAAUAUGGUUGAGGUGGCUAUAGUAAUCAAGAUAGUGCAGAAAUUGUUCAAAUUUUGGCGUUCUUCUGGAAGGAAGAUCAGAAUCGGUGUAGUAUCUCAUUAUGCUGCUCAAGUCGCUGCGAUAAAAGAUUAUAUUGGCAGAAAGUAUGACAACCAUACCGGCUUUGCAAUUAAGGUGAGGACAGUCAACGGUUUCCAAGGAGGCCAAGAAGACAUAAUAAUAUUAUCAACUGUGAGAUCUAAUUGUGCUGGCACGAUCGGUUUUCUGUCGAAUGUGCACAUAACUAAUGUUGCUCUGACCAGAGCCCGGCACUCUUUAUGGAUUUUGGGAAAUGAAAGGACGCUUGUUCAUAGCAAUUCACUUUGGGAAGGAUUAGUGCUGGAUGCAAAAGAACGCCAGUGUUUCUUCUCUGCAGCCGAAGAUAGUGAUCUGUCAAAAACCAUUUUGGAUGUCAAGGCAGAACUGGAUCAACUUGAUGACUUGCUUAAUGCGGAUAGCAUCCUAUUCACAAAUCAAAGGUGGAAGGUUUUGUUGAGCGAGAAUUUCAAAAGAUCAUACAAAAAAUUGGUGUCAUCCUAUUUGAAGAAGGCUGUGCUAACGCUUUUACUUAAGCUUGCUGGGGGAUGGAGACCCAAGAGAAAAUGUGUGGACUUGGCAUGUGGCAACUCACCUAUGGUUGUGAAACGGUUCAAUGUUGAAGGACUAUUUAUACUCUGCACAGUUGACAUUCAGAAGGUGGUGAAAUACACCCAAGUUCUAAAGGCGUGGGAUUUGAUACCUAUUCAUGAGGUUGAAAAAAUAUCGAACCGCCUUGAUAGCAUAUUCUCUAUGUAUACCGUUGAAUUUAUCAAUUUGUGCAAGCAGAAAUGCCUAGACGGGGACUUGGAAGUUCCAAAAGUCUGGCCAGCUUCUCUUAUCCUGAAAAGGUUCAAGAAUCACAGCGAGAGACUCGAUAAUGAGUCAAAAUGCUGUGUUGUUGAAAAUUCAAGAGUGAGUGAAAGCUUACUCUUGAUGAAGUUUUACUCCUUAUCAUCUGGCAUUGUCAAUCAUUUGCUCUCUGGUAACCUUUGUGAAGAAAUUGAUAUCCCUUUUGAAGUUUCUGAUGAGGAAAGGGAAAUAAUCCAAUUUGGAAGGAGUAGUUUCAUACUAGGGCGAUCUGGCACAGGAAAAACUACUGUGCUGACCAUGAAAUUAUUUCAAAAGGAGCAACGACAUCAUCUUGCCGUAGAGGGAGUUAUGAAAGAGGAGUCAAAUGAGAUCAAUGUGAUCAGCAAAUAUGGAGGAGAGAGUAGUUUUUCAAAGGCUGAGAUUACAGCAUUGAGUCAAACAAAUGACAAGGAGAAGAUGACUACUACCUUAAGGCAGCUGUUUGUGACAGUUAGUUCGAAGCUGUGCAAUGCAGUCAAACAACAAGUUUCUCAUCUGAAACGCUUUGCUCAAGGGGAGAAAUUCUCUGGUGACAACGGGUUAUUGGAUAUGAUGGACGAUUUGGAUGGAUUAUUUCAUUUAAAAGACAUUCCAAAUUCUUUUGUUGGCAUUCCAAAAACAAAAUAUCCACUGGUACUUACAUUUCGCAAGUUCUUGAUGAUGCUUGAUGGCACACUGGGGUCUUCAUACUUUGACCGCCUCCAAUGCAAACACUCAUUUUCUCAGGAUACUAUGUCAAGGUCAGUCACAAUAGAAGCUUUCAUCAGAACAAGAGAGGUAAACUUUGACCGCUUUCGUACCUUGUAUUGGCCUCAUUUCAACACCCAAUGGACGAAGAAUCUUGAUGCUGCAAAAGUGUACACUGAAAUCUUUUCACAUAUAAAAGGAGGAUUAAGAGUGGGUAAGGCCCAUGAUGCAAAACUCAGUCGUGACAAAUAUAUUUCAUUGUCUGACAGUAGGGUGUCAACUUUGGAUGAGAACAGAAGAGAGCAAAUUUAUGACAUCUUUCUUGAUUAUGAGAAAAUGAAGAGGAAGCGAGGUGAUUUUGACUUUGCUGAUUUAGUGAAUGAUCUUCAUUUUCGGUUGAAUGAAGAAAAAUGGGAAGGUGACAAAAUGGAUUUUGUGUAUAUUGAUGAAGUUCAAGACCUCACCAUGAGGCAAAUAUUACUAUUCAAGUAUGUGUGUGAAAAUGUUGAUGAGGGCUUUGUAUUUUCUGGUGAUACGGCCCAAACAAUUGCUAGGGGGAUUGAUUUUAGGUUUGAAGAUAUCCGAACUUUGUUCUAUGAGGAGUUUGUCAUGAAAAAGAAACUCGGUUCAGAUGCCAGAAGAAAAGAUAAAGGCCAUCUUGCCAAAGUGUUCUGUUUACUGCAUAAUUUUAGAACACAUGCUGGUGUUCUCAGGCUUGCCCAGAGUGUGGUUGAUAUUAUUUCUCACUAUUUCCCUCUAUCAAUUGAUACUUUGCCACCAGAGACUAGUCUUAUAGAUGGUGAGGCUCCUAUGUUACUUGGGCAUGGGAGCAAUGAAAAUGCUAUUGUAAGUAUCUUUGGUAAGAGUGGCAACGUUAGCAGGAAAAUGGUAGGCUUUGGUGCUGACCAAGUGAUAUUAGUACGUGAUGACUCUGCUAAAAAAGAAGUUUCAAAUCUCAUUGGAAAACAAGCGCUUAUUCUAACUAUUGUUGAAUGCAAAGGAUUAGAGUUCCAGGAUGUACUGCUUUAUGACUUCUUUGGUUCUUCACCACUUAGAAACCAGUGGAGAAUAGUUUACGAAUUUAUGAUUUCAAAACGACCAGAACUGGUUGAAACAAGACUUUUGAGCUUCCCUCGCUUUUCUGAAACAAAGCACACUAUUUUGUGCUCUGAAUUGAAGCAAUUAUAUGUGGCUAUAACUCGGACACGCCAAAGAUUAUGGAUCUGCGAAAGCGUUGAGGAGUUUUCAAAACCAAUGUUUGACUAUUGGAUUACAAUGGGCCUUGUGGAAGCACGGGAUGUUGAUGAAUCCCUUGCACAAGCUAUGCGCAUGGCUAGCACUCCAGACCAGUGGAAAUCAAGGGGAUUAAAACUCCUUCGGGAGAAAAACUAUGAAAUGGCGAUUAUGUGUUUUCAAAGGGCAGGAGAAAGAGACCUUGAGAAGCAGGCUAAAGCUUCACGUCUAAGGGAAGCUGCUGAUCGCAAACGGGAUUCAAAUCCAACAGUGUCUUCUACCUAUUUGAGGGAGGCUGCUGAAAUAUUUGAGUCAAUUCGAAAUUUCAAGUCUGCAGGUCAAUGUUUUUUUGACUUAAAAGAGUAUGUGCUUGCAGGGAAUAAUUAUUUGAAGUGUGGAGAACAGAAAACAGCUGCGGAGCUUUUUACAUUGGCAGGAAAUUAUAAGGAUGCAGCAGACAUAUAUGCAAAGCAAAACUGUUUCACGAAUUGUCUAUCAGUUUGCAGGAAGGGACGUCUGUAUGACCAUGGAUUACAAUAUAUAGAACAAUGGGAAAAGCAUGCUGUCAAGUAUAAUGGUAUGGAUAUAACAUGGGAUGAAAUAGACAGAAUAGCACAGGAAUUUCUUGCUAUGUCUGCAUCUAGCUACUUGAAGUGUGAUGAUAAGAAAUCAAUGAUGAAGUUUGUUAGAGCUUUUAAGUCGAUGGAUGAUAAGCGUAAGUUCCUGAGGAGUAUACAGUGUCUAGAUGAGUUGUUACUGUUAGAAGAAGAAUCUGGACACUUUGCUGAAGCUGCAGAACUAGCGAAUCUGAAAGGAGAUGUCUUACUAGAAGCAGAACUUCUUGGCAAAGCUGGGAAUUUCAGCAAAGCAUCUUCACACAUCCUUUGGUAUGUGUUGGCAAACUCUUUGUGGGUUUGUGGAUGCGAGCCAUGGCCCCUGAAGUCCUUUACGUCUAAGAAGGAACUCUUGAAGAAGGCCAUUUCUCUUGCAAGGAACGAAUCUGAUCUUUUCUAUGAAUCUGUUUGCACUGAGGCAAAAGUGUUAGAGCACGAGCAAUGCAAAUUAUCAGAGUUGAGGUGUGCUUUAAGUGAUUCUCAGAAGUGCGCGAAUCUUCGAUGUGAAAUUUUAUGCCUCAGAAAGAUCAUUGAUGCUCACUGUGAAGUUAAAGCCUCAAAGUAUACAUGGGAAGAUGACUAUCCUGUUGACCUGAAGUUUACAGAUGAUACCAUGUUUGCUAACCAACUCUCCAUCGGAUCCCUCUGUCAUUUCUGGAAUCUAUGGAAGAAAAAUGUAUUAGAGGUUCUUGAGUCUCUUAACUGUCUUGAGGUGACUCAAGAUUUUGGUAAAUAUAAAGGUUUUGGAGAGUUCUGCUUGAACUACUUUGGUGUGAGGCGACGGUUCACUGAUAUGAAAGCCAGCAGUCUCCAGUUGUUAAAACCAGAUGCUGAAUGGGUCAUAAAAAGGUUUUAUCAGAAUUACUUGAGGCAGAGCAAAAACUUGGUCUCAAUAGAUGAACAGCAUUUCAUAACUGCUGCACGGAAUUAUUGGCAAAAUGAAAUGAUAUAUGUAGGCGUUAAGGUUCUGGAGAUUUUUGAAUCACUGUAUAUCUUUUCCGUGGAGUCGUCGUCUGAUUUUAGUCAAAGCAUGUGCCUCAUAAGUAUAUAUCAGAUCUCAAAGUUUCUUCUUGAGUCAAAGGAGUUGAACUGCAAGAAUUAUGAGAGGAAACUACAAAAGUUCUUCCAGCUCUCAAUGAAGUACUUUGAAAAGGUGUUUCCUAUUCAUUUUCAGAAGUCUAUGGACAAACACAUGAUUUCUCUAAGGGGGACAGAUGUUUCCCGAUGCUUACUCGAAGAUUUUAUUAGACAUGACCUUAUAAGUAGAAAAGGUGAGGAUACUACACUUGGGCAAAUCGGGCGGAUGAUGAUGAUAUGGUUUGGGUCUGCCAAACCUGCAGAUGAACUGUUGAAUAAAAUUUUGUAUAGAAUCAGGAAGGAUUCAGCAUGGAGAACUUUCAUUGAGAUUUUAAUGCAGAGUGACGAGGUUCCCUUAAAUGGGUCAGUGUCAGUCGAUUCUUUAGAGACUUUACCUGUUGGUCAGAUUGAAGAAGAAUUCAAGUUGGUAUACGGGUUUUUUGAAGCAUUGAGAGAAACAUAUGGAGCAGAUUGGCAGAAUAUGUUUGACUACAUUUCGCCUCACUGUUUCUUGUAUCUUGUAGAGCAUCUUUUAUUCCUGGUAUUUAGCUCUAGCAGUGGCUUCUUCUACGCCACAAAAUCCUCUUUUCUGGAGUGCUUGAUGUUUCAGAAACCAGGUGCACGUGUGAUUCCCAGCUUCCUAACUCAAUUAUCACGCAGUGAAAUAUAUAUGUUUUACAAGUUCAUCCUCACCAUUGUGGAAGAACUCCUCUUCAAGAGGCCUGAGACAAUAAGGUGGAUUGAGAAAUAUAAAAUUAAAUCCAUCAAUGACUAUCAUAAGUUACUGGUUUUGAGAUUGGUAGUCAUUCUCUGCUCACUUUGUAUGAACUCUACUACUGAGGAAUCUUUGUAUGUUCUUGAUUGUGUACUCAAUACACAUGACAUUUCAUCUGAGCUGCCAAGAGAAUUCUCUCAAGUUUUCAGGCAAACUUGUUCUAACAGAGACAAAGUCACUGAAGCUCUCCUGACUAUAGGGAAUCCAGCAAUUCUUGUGUUCCUGGACGAAACUAGUCCAAAAAUUAUGUGUCCUCUGGAUGUUAUUCCCAUACGAUUGGGUGCGGGUUCUAGUAGGGAGAGCAUCGCGAAAAUGUUGUUGCAAAGUAACAAUGUUGCUUCUACCAGGCAAGAAGAUGAAGUCAUAAAGGAGAACACAUGUUCAUUGACUCCCCUGAUGGGUAGUGCAGUAGACAAUGGAAUGAAGAGUUCUGUGAUGGAAUCUUCAUCAGUCAACAAAAAGUCCAUGCUCAAGGGUGAAGAUAGCUGCUCGUUGCGAAUGAAAUGGCGCGUUUUGGAAGAAUUGUCUGCAUCCCUAAAACUACAGGAGGAUUUAGAUGAGUGUAUAAAGUUCACAGCUGCAGUGGCUAAUUAUGUGUCGGGAAAGGAAGGUGCUCCAUCUGGGGAAGGUGAAAAUAUUUGUGAGGAAGUGGAAACCAUGCUUCAAGAACUUAAAGAAUUGUCUGAUAAGUUGGAUAUGAGUAACAUGGAAGAUGAGGAAAGGCACGAAAGCAUUGUGGAACUGCAGAAGAGGUUGCUGAGUAGGA